AUGUUUGGUCUAGAUUCAAGCCAUCCGCAGCCAACAAUCCGCAUCUUCAAAAGUUCGCUCGGGCAUAUUUUCUCCACUUCCAUAUGCUCUUUAAUCGGUCUGAACUCCUGUCCCCCUCGUCUUUGUCAUUCUUUCUCUUUCCUACUCGACUAUCAUCGCUCUAAGCCUGUAGGCCACAGCUCCCCAAGUCCCCUCGACAACUCUCUGGUGACCGGCUGUUCUUCCUCUGCUGCAGUCACUGAUCCAGAUUCUAUCCACUCAACUGCUUUCUCAGGCGCACCCGAACCCGUCACCUUUACCGCAGCCCUCUCCCCCUCUGUCGGAGGUAACGAUAGCGCCAGCAACAAUAAUCCCAAUUCGGACAGUUCCGUUGGUCGUGCCACCGCUGGCCCUAGUGAGGGCUUGGAAUAUCGGACCUGGGAUCGAGAUCCAGCGCCCAGCAUCAGUGCUGGAGGCAGGCGACGCAGACACAAGAAGCGCAGCUGGGUUGGUGGAACGAAGGAUUCAACGAGUCAAUCACAUCGUAUUGAUGAUGCAAAAUGA